AUGAGUGGCGGAUUCUCUCAGAACUGGACCGGAAAGUUGACAGGAAUCCCGAACGCGCGGGCAUUCCGCUCUGCAGCCUCUCCACGCAAAUUCGGACCUCCCAAAUCAGACUGGGACUCUGCCCUUAGAAGUAUCUGUCGCAGAAUACAAAACAAGCUGGCUCGUAAUGAGAUCGGUCGGGCUUCGAUGGAGGCAACUCGGCACCGCUUGAAGCGCGCGCUUCAGGAGUAUACAGCUCCCGGUCCGGACCGCGAACACGCUGCGAGUGAACAAGACAGCCUGUUCGUAACCAAUUCUGAUGCGGCCAUCCGAGGCACAAUACAGAGGGCCGGCGGUCCAGCAUCGGGCGGGAUUGCGAAUGCCCAGGUACAUAACCAGGGUGGCCCUCUUUGGGCUCCGCGGUCCAGUACUCUAGACCAGCACAUACUGCGAUCCCCAGGCGACCGCCAGUCUUUCGAGGCUCGCGUAUCACAAGUAUCAGCCCCAGAGGGCCUUGGCCAAGAGGAAAUUUCCCAAGCUGCUCAGACUCGAGCACCGACUCACGACAACGAGAGACUCAUACUUCCCGAUGACAGCGAAGCAGUCAAAGCUGUCAAGCUUCGAAUUGCGAGCCACCACUGCUUCGAGGCCAAGCAGUAUAUAGGAUACUUGAUCCGCGACUCUAAACUCCAAACGAUCCCUCUGGUACCAAAGUCCCAAAUCAACUUCCUGACAUAUACUCGGAACCAGCGCAUGGACAUGCAACAGCUGCAGUUUGAAGCAGCAUUGGCCUACCGAAAAGCUCUACAGGCUGACUGUCCCUUCUUGAAGAAACCCCGCAGCGCUGGGGAUACGGAUCGAAGCCGAUACAUCUUCGAGCAAAGCCCGGCUGUUUAUGGCUUCUUCGACACGCUCACUCGCGAUAACGUGGACCAAAAGAGAGUGGAGGUCCGACGGCUGCGAAACGUUGUUUUCGACGAUGCCAUCAACGCGAGUCUGAAUUAA